GAUGGAUGCGUUAUUGCGUGCGGCGGAGGAGAUGGAGAAGAAGAGUAAGGCGGCGGCGGAGGAGGAGGGGAGUGAUGAGGAGAUUGUGCGUGGGCUCAAAGCUGUCUCUGUGCAUGACGACGAAGGACAGGAGAAGACGGAGGAGGGACUGAAGAAGGACAGUGAGGAUGAGGAGGAGGUUAGGAGAAAGCAUGUUGACGUUAUCAGGAGGUUGAGGGAGGUUGUUAGGAAGUUGAUGGAGGCUGUCCCUGAGACGAACAUGGAGAAGGUGAAGGUUGAGGUUGAGGUUUAAU